GCGACGCCCACCCAGCGUCCGGCAGUCAGAGCUGGAGCCCAGCUGCAGUCAAUCAUUCCCAGAAGCUGGACGCACAAACAGAAGCGUGACAGAGCUGCUUGCCGGGACGUUCGCGAAUCUCUUUCAGAAAUGUACCAACCAGCCCUGGUGGCAUUUGCUGUGCUGCUCUGCUCGCCAGCCCUGGUAGAUGGAGGGAAGGUCCUGGUGUUCCCUGUAGAUGGAAGCCACUGGGUCAACAUGAACGUCAUCAUUGAGGAGCUUCACGUCAGAGGUCAUGAGAUCACGGUUCUGCGGCCAUCGGACUCCUGGUACAUCAAGCCCGACUCUCCUCACUACAAAGCUAUCACCAUCAACAGCUCUGCUGGAUUUGAUAAGGAAGACUUUGAGUCAUAUGUGAUGAGGACGUUAAUCCUCCGACGCCAGAGGGCCUCAUUUUGGACACGCAUGUCUCUGGAAUUGGAUUUAAUGACACAGUUUUAUAAGAUACAUGAAGCCAUUCUUCAGAUGGUGGAAGAGAUGUUUGAAGAUGCCAAACUGAUGCAGAGCCUUCAUGAUGCCAAAUUUGAUGUAUUUCUAACGGACCCUGCAAUUGGUGGGGGUGUGCUUCUGGGUCACCGUCUGGGUCUUCCACUUGUCUUUAACGUCAGAUGGACUAUUCAGGGGGAGGGGCAUCAAACGAUUGCUCCUUCCCCACUCUCUUAUAUCCCCAUACCAGGGUCAGAGCUGACUGAUAAGAUGACGUUCACCCAGCGGGUCAAAAAUGUGAUCUGCUACAUCUUCACACGUAUGCAACUCUGGUACGUUACAGAACAAAACUACAAACCGUUCGUCCAUCGUCACUUCGGCAGUGACGUGCAUUACAUGGAGCUGUUUCAGGCUGCAGACAUCUGGCUGAUGAGAAACGAUUUCACCUUUGAGUUCCCAAGACCCACAAUGCCAAAUGUCGUCUACAUGUCGGGAUUUCAGUGCCAAGCGUCCAAGCCUCUGCCCAAAGAUCUUGAGGACUUUGUACAGAGUUCUGGUGAACAUGGCGUCAUUGUCAUGACCUUGGGUACUCUGGUGGCGAAACUUCCUGAGGACUUUGCUGAGGAAAUUGCUGCUGCUUUUGCUCAACUCCCCCAGAAGGUGAUCUGGAGGCACAAAGGCAAGAAACCCUCCACUCUUGGCAAAAACACUUUAAUCAUGGACUGGUUACCCCAAAAUGACCUCCUGGGUCACCCCAAGACCAGAGUUUUUGUUGCCCAUGGAGGCACCAAUGGGAUGCAGGAGGCCAUCUACCACGGUGUGCCCUUAGUGGGCCUGCCCUUAAUGUUUGACCAGCAUGACAACUUCUUCAGGAUGGAAGCAAGAGGGGUGGCCAAAGUCCUGGACAUUGCAGCUGUGAACAAAGACGUCUUCCUGGAGGCGUUGAAGGAGGUUCUCCAUCAACCGUCCUACAGGGAGAAGAUGAAGGAACUGUCCAGCCUGCACAGAGACCAGCCCAUGAAACCGCUGGACCGAGCUGUGUUCUGGAUCGAGUUUGUCAUGAGGCACAAAGGAGCAGCGCACCUGAGGACUGAGUCUUACAAGAUGUCCACAAUCCAGUACUACUCCAUCGACGUGUUGGCGUUUCUGCUCACAGUUAUCCUGCUUACAUUUACUGUUGUUAUUUCUGCAGUUAAGUUUCUCUGGCGGAAGAUAAUUUAUGGAAGCAAGGUUAAAAAGGAGUGAUGACUGGAACACACAAGUGCAGCUGGAAUGUCCUACACUGUCUCCUUACCUCAACACAUCACUGUUUAGUUCAUUUGUCCGUCUAUUAUUUUGCAGGAUCUCAAAAGCUGUAACUCAUGUUCUCAUCACCUGGUGAGGUAUUUCACAGCGAGCGCAAAAAUAACCUGUUUCAUUACAUUCAUGUGUUUCUUAUUGACAUUUUGUACCUGUAUUAGACAUUGAACAUUUUCUUUUGUCAGAAAUUCCUGCACUGUUAAAAUACAUUAAAAUACAUUUCAAAACAACUGAAAUAUGUGUUUUGUAAAGACUCAAACCCAUAAAACCAACAUAUAAAAAACCCUUCCUGCUGUGCCACCUCACAUCCUCAUCUUGCCUUUGGCAGGCAGGAAAACAGCAAAUGAAAAUAUCAAAAAGAUAACAUCUAACACCAAAUGCGAGUUAAAAAUCUGCACCACUGCAAGACAACAAGUCCGCAUGCAUUCAAAAAUACAAUAAACUGAAGCAAUGUUUGCAUACAGAUGAAUGAAUGAUUAACUCAGACCCCUCUGUUAUCAGAUGUUCCA